CCUCUUGGGCUCCUGGUGUCCGUUUCUCCGUUGUUUGCGAUCCAUGCCAAGAUGCCAUCCUUCCUCGGUUUAAAGUGUCUGGGGAAACUGUGCAGCUCUGAGAAAAGCAGAAUGUCCUCUUGUGAGAGAGCCAGCCCCACGGGCUCCUAUAGAAGGAGGCUAGUCGUGGAGGAUGUGAGCAUCACUGGGACCCCCCUACCUGCUCACAGGCGGGCCACCAUUACCCACUUGUUGUAUCUGCAUCCUGAGGCCUACUGCACCCUGGAGCACUUGUUUAGCUGCUUGGAUCCUCCCGUGGCCCACCCUCAGGACCCCCACCACCCAUCGGAGAAGCCUGUCAUUCACUGCCAUAAAUGUGGGGAGCCGUGCAAGGGUGAAGUACUUCGGGUCCAGACCAAACAUUUCCACAUCAAAUGUUUCACCUGCAAAGUGUGCGGCUGUGACCUGGCACAAGGGGGCUUCUUCAUAAAGAACGGGGAGUAUCUCUGCACCCUGGACUACCAGAGGAUGUAUGGGACACGCUGCCACGGCUGUGGGGAGUUCGUGGAAGGAGAGGUGGUGACUGCCCUGGGCAAGACUUACCAUCCCAACUGCUUUGCCUGUACCAUCUGCAAGCGCCCGUUUCCACCCGGAGACCGAGUCACGUUCAAUGGGAGAGACUGCCUUUGCCAACUGUGCGCACAGCCGAUGUCGUCCAGCCCUAAAGAAGCCACCUGCUCCAGCAGCUGUGCCGGCUGCGGAAGGGACAUCAAGAACGGGCAGGCCCUCCUGGCCCUGGACAAGCAGUGGCAUUUGGGAUGUUUCAAGUGCAAGUCCUGCGGGAAGGUCCUCACCGGGGAGUACAUCAGCAAGGAUGGCGCUCCGUACUGUGAAAAGGACUACCAGGGGCUCUUCGGGGUGAAAUGCGAAGCCUGUCACCAGUUUAUCACAGGGAAAGUCCUGGAGGCAGGUGACAAACAUUACCACCCCAGCUGUGCACGAUGCAGCAGAUGCAAUCAGAUGUUCACAGAAGGAGAGGAAAUGUAUCUUCAAGGUUCCACCGUUUGGCAUCCCGACUGUAAGCAGUCUACCAAGACUGAGGAAAAGCUGCGGCUGCCAAAUACGUAUCGUUCUUCAUCUGAUUUCUUUUAUCCCAAAAGUCUGGUUCGACGCACAGGACGGUCUCCGUCUCUGCAGCCUACCAGGACUUCCUCUGAAAGCAUUUAUUCCAGACCAGGCUCCAGUAUCCCUGGUUCCCCAGGUCAUACUAUCUAUGCAAAAGUGGACAAUGAAAUCCUGGAUUAUAAGGAUUUAGCAGCCAUUCCCAAGGUCAAGGCAAUUUAUGAUAUUGAACGUCCAGAUCUUAUUACCUAUGAGCCUUUUUACACUUCGGGCUAUGAUGACAAACAGGAGAGGCAGAGCCUGGGAGAGUCUCCAAGGACUUUGUCUCCCACUCCAUCAGCAGAAGGCUACCAGGACUCUCGGGACCGGGUGAUCCAUCGAUCCACCAGCCAGGGCUCCAUCAGCUCCCCUGUCUAUAGCCGCCACAGCUAUGCUCCAACCACAUCUCGCUCUCCCCAGCAUUUUCACAGACCUGAGCUGCUGUCUCCUGGUGUGCAAAGGUUGUCCCACCUGCGCACCAGCAGCCUCAGCUCCGCCCACAGCGACUCCCGCCCCAACUCCCCCUUCCGACACCACUUCAUUCCCCAUAUCAAAGGCAAUGAGCCGUCCAGCGGCCGGAACUCCCCUCUCCCUUACCGGCCAGACAGUCGUCCUCUCACUCCAACCUAUGCCCAGGCCCCUAAACAUUUCCAUGUUCCAGAUCAAGGGAUCAACAUUUACCGAAAACCACCCAUCUACAAACAGCAUGAUGCAGCUGCCUUGGCAGCCCAGAGCAAGUCUUCAGAAGAUAUCAUCAAGUUUUCCAAGUUCCCAGCAGCCCAGGCUCCAGACCCCAGCGAGAUACCAAAGAUUGAGACGGACCACUGGCCUGGUCCCCCCUCACUUGCCGCCGUAGGAGCCGACAUGAGACGCAGAUCUAGUGGCAGAGAGGAAGAUGAGGAGGAGCUUCUGAGGCGCCGGCAGCUGCAAGAAGAGCAAUUAAUGAAGCUCAACUCAGGCCUGGGGCAGUUGAUACUGAAGGAGGAGAUGGAGAAGGAGAGCCGGGAGAGGUCGUCCCUGACAGCCAGUCGCUAUGAUUCUCCCAUCAACUCAGCUUCACAUGUUCUAUCAUCUAAAACCUCAUCUCUCCCAGGCUAUGGAAAAAAUGGGCUUCAUCGGCCUGUUUCCACAGACUUCGCUCAGUAUAACAGCUACGGGGACGUCAGUGGGGGAGUGCGAGACUACCAGACUCUCCCAGAUGGCCACAUGUCUGGGACGAGAAUGGAUCGAGGGGUGUCCAUGCCCAACAUGUUGGAACCAAAGAUAUUUCCAUAUGAAAUGCUGAUGGUGACCAACAGAGGGCGCAACAAAAUCCUAAGAGAUGUGGACAGAACCAGGCUGGAGCGCCACUUAGCCCCAGAAGUGUUUCGGGAAAUCUUUGGAAUGUCCAUACAGGAAUUUGACAAGUUACCUCUUUGGAGACGCAACGACAUGAAGAAGAAAGCAAAACUGUUCUAAGCCCACCCCCCCACACACCCCGCUGUGUAGACAGCAGUUAGGAAAAAGACUGAUGUGGCGGCGACACAUAGGAUGUUGUGUUAAGGCCCAAACUUGAUUGGAGAAUUUGCAAACUACUGUCCCUCAACAACAACAAAACGGGAAACCUGAUUAAAACACCCAUAAGCCAAAUAUUGGGCCAACCACUGGCAACACUUGCCAAGAAGUAACGGGGUCGAAAUUUCUGUGUUCCCCACACUCGACAGUAGUGUUCACAUGUGACCUUUUGACAUCACCUUAUGUACACAACAGGAGCUACUUCUUUCAUUUCCUUUAUUGUCUAACCAGAGUGCUGACCAUAUGGGUAAGAGCCAGCAAGUGCCCUUAGGAUGCCUCAUGGAAAAAAGCAGUUGUAAUCAUUCCAAAGUAGGAAUAUAUUUAUUAUGUAGCACCAUGGCUAAGAAGGAAGAGCCUGAGGGACAUAGCCAUGUGGUCGCACCACUUUGCACAGCCCUGUCCUCACUGGCCCCAUGAAGCCCAGCCUGGGCCCCAGCAGGAUAGAAAUCAGAGUCGGGGAACUGGGCAGCUCUGAGUGAGUGGGCUGAAUAGCAGCCAAGGUCAUUUUUAACAAGCUCCUUUUCCUCUACUCUUUGCUAGGACCUGGUUGGCAAAUUACUUAGCUAUUACUAAAAAAAAAAAAAGAGAGAGAAAGAAAAGGAAUGAAAGGAAUAUCUCCCUUAAUCCUUUUUCUGCAGUAGAUUGUACGCUUCGUUCUGCCUCCCCACCACUGCAGGCCCCCACUGCAAAGAAAGGAAAGGGAGAAAUUAUCUCCAUUUGUGUGCUGUUAGAUGAUUUUUGUCCCAGGGCCACAGCACUCUUGGCAAAAAAAAAAAAAAAAAAAAAAAAAGGAAAGAAAGAAAAAAAAAUUCUGUGUCCCGCCAGUGCAAGUUCUUCUACCCUGCAUCCUCUGCUUUUCAUCCAGUGUCCUCUGAAUCUGAUCAAGCCCACAUGGAUUUUGGAUUUUUUUUUUUUUGAGGUCUUUUCAGUAGUAGGCUAAGGAAAGGCACGCUUUGCUCUUGGAAAUCUCUGCAACUCCAGGGUAUAUUGCCUCAGAUUGAUUUCAUUUGGCCUUUUCAGCUUUCCUUCUUGCCUAGCUCUGUUGACUUCACUGUGUGUGUGUGUGUAAGUGUGUGUAAGUGAACACACCCAGCGUAGUUUGGGGAGUCUGCAUGUUCUUUUAUAUUUCACCUCUGCUUGAAUGUUUGUCCCGCUGUGCUGCAGCUUCUGAGGGACGUUUGCACACGUGCACAUGACUCAGAGGUUGGGGUUGACGCUACACCGCAUACGACAGCAUCCUCUGUGGAAGGGUGUCCGUGUCAGAAGCCAGCAUCCCCUGUGAUUCAUGUAGCUCAGGUCAGCACAGUGAAGAGCCCAGACCUCAGAUCAGGCUGUACCUGGACAUCGGAGUGUCACACCGGAGUCCGAAAAUUCAGCAACACCAGAUUCGAAGGGGAGCCUAGGAUUUCACCGAAACUCGCAUGUGAGACCCCAUUGUGAUUCCUGGACGCCUCUGGCCGUGACUCAAGUGAGCGGUGAGGUGGACAAGGGAGGGUAUCUCCAUCCAGCUCCACACAUGGGUGGUUUUCACAUUUAUUCUCGUGCUUUGGGGGCUCUGCCUAGGAAUUUAAACUCUGUUUUAAAGCCAAAGGAGAAAUUGUUUGAAUUCUCUUCAUAUGCCGCUUCUAAUUAAAGGUCAGAAAUUCUUCCUGCUGCCACCAAAUAUUCGAAUUAGUUAGUAGCCAAUCUCCAUGGUAAAAAGCAAGUAAAAAUCAUUUCGGAGCCUGUGCUGCAGACCUCUAACUUGGGACCUACUCUGUCACCUGGGUGCUCUGAUGGGCUCUCUGAGGGCUUUAUGCCUCCCCUGUGCUCUUCCCGAAGGGCUUGGAAACGGCGUGUCCUUUCAGUGCUGCACACUGAAUGUUUGAGGACCGCUCUCACAAAUACGAGCAUGCAUGUGUGCACGCGUGGAUGUGUGUGUGGAUGUGUGUGUUGAACUUACUAACAUAUUUUGCAAAUGAUUCUGAUGGAGCAGACAUGAGACGACCAGCUCCUCCUUGGGCUGAAGCCCCUAGAUUGCACCUUGCAGUUCGGUGCCUUCAGUGGCCUCUUGCUUUAAUUCAGUAUUUCUGCUGUUCCGUCUUCGCUCUGAUCUCUCUGGCAGCGGCAGCCUCAGUAUAAUGCCUGCAUAUCCUAGUUCUUACUUUGCUCUGGCAAAGUGUGAGGAGUGGGGACCAUGGUGCAUUCCCAGUAAUCAACAGUGAGGAUGGCCAGAUGGGUCCCAGUGCUAGGCUGGUGCAGAGAAUUUGUUCAUUACGGGGAUCAUAAAGGACCAUCAGUGUUGUCUUUGGUUAACGAGUUAUGACCCAUGCACAUGCCGAGCAAAUGUCAGUGUGAGAAAAAUUGCAAUGAUAGUUAAAGAUCUGAACCCAAAACCUGCUCCCACCGACAAAACUCUACUUUUCUCAUCUCUUUUGAAUUCAGUUCUGCAUCCAACUUGGGGGCGGGGGAUGGGAAGCUUCUUUCCAUAUCAAGUGUAUUAGCUAAUUUAAAACUAUACCAUGCAAAAGAAAAAAAAAAAAAAGCAUUACCAGAAAAUGUCAGUAAGCCUCCUGUUGCAAGCAGCACAGGUGCUAUGCUCUGGGGAGGGGUCAUGGGAAACCAUAAUGUGGACUGGGUUCCCUGGCUCCACUCCCAGCAGGAGGCUCCAGCUGGAGGGAUGGGUCAUGGGGCAACCUAGUUCUCCUAACUGCCAAAUCUAAUAUAUGACUAUGAUGGCCUAUCCAUUUUUUUUUUUUAACUGGACUCAGCAUGCUUGUCCUCAAAAUGUCCAGGCCCCUGUAUAGGAGAUCAGGGUUUUCUGCUUGAACCGCACUCUGCACUGCACAUAAAAAUUCCAGUUGUUAAUGCAGUCCAAGGAACAGGAUUAUUCACUCUGGGGGAGGACUUCUACACGUGGCAAACUUUCCUGGUCCAUACCCCAAGGGCUAUAUUUUUGAGCACUGGGCUUAUUUGUGAUUGUUUAAACACACAACACCUGCAUGAAGCAAAAGAGGCCUCUGACAACGUGAAAGUCACUGCUUCCUUUAUAGUUUCUUCUACAAGAGCCAGGAUACCAUUUAUUCUUCCCGUGUGGUUUAAGAUGAGACCUAAAGAGCAUUUGAGAACUUGUAGAACCAGCUAUGCAUCUAUAUUUUGGUUUGCGUUAGUUAUGAAAUGUCCUUAAUGUGACUUCUUUGGUAACUAAAGAUAAACUGCCUGUUCUCUGAAACCUCCCAAAACAGAAAAGCCAGGGUUAAUGGGUCGUACGGUGCAUACUCCCUCUGCCGCUCUCAUCCUCUCAAUCUGGGGAUGGCCGUCAACUCUACUUCGAGAAGUCUUGCUGGAAAUAUUUAUAAAACUUUCCCCUAAUUUCUUUACACUUUAAAGCAAACACCUUUUUCUAAAGAAUUGCUUCUCGGAUGAUUAUAUAAAAUAUAUAUGCUUUUGCAAGUUAAAAAAAAAAUGGAAUCAACCACUUUUGACUAGGUAGGUCUUUCUAAAAAUUCUUUCAAAAAGCUUGGUGUUAGUGUUCUGUGCGUGGAAGGGGCAGGCGAGCCCUCUCUCUGACUGUCAGGAAAGAUGGUGGAAGGACGUGAACGCCAUGUAACACACCCCCCUGCCCCCGUGUCGUCUGAGGCAAGCUCUGUUUUUACAAAUCACCUCUUCUAUGUUACUGGUGACUGUUUAAUCUACACUUCCUAGGCCAGCCUUGACCUGACUUGAUCUUUAAAAUUAUUUUCUUUUGACAAACCAAGUGUUUGCGAAUAAACCCUACAACUCACUCAUUAGUACUCCCUUUUGAAGAAUGUUCUCUUCAGAAAAAGAGAUUAUUUCAGGCUUAAGAUUUGCUGUGACACCACCUUAUAGUGAUAAUGUACAUUAAGGAAACUAGGCAAAUAUAUAAUGAAAGAGAAACAUUUACUUUGGUUUAAAAAAAAAAAAAAAACACAAAAUCGCUCUUUCCAUUUACUGCCCGGGGAGCCAUGAGGAGAUGGUGAUUGAUAUGCUCUGCAUAUGGAUUUUUGUGUUUUUAUUUGGGUGAGUUUAAUUUACAGCAGACUCCAAAGGAAAGGGGGAAGUGGUCCAUUUCAGCUGAAAGAAAUUUAUAAACAGUAUAUGUAAACAGCAAAAUUAAACAAAUGCAACAUUUUCUGAUGGUUGGUGUAAUGGACUGGCAAUUGUUAUCAUGAAAUAAAAUUCUUCCCAAAAGUGUCUCUCUCGAGAGUGCAGAUCCCACAAGUCACUUUCGGAGCCCAUUCACCAAAGGUAGCAGAAGACAAUACUAUACCCACUACCAUCCAGAAAGGUAGUGAGCCACUUAAUGAUUGUAUAUGCCUGUCUUACCCCAUGGAAGAGAAAACAGUCGUCCACAAUCUUGAUGUUCUUUUGGGUUCUGUGUACAGACCCGUCCAGUAAUAAAUGUGUGUGGCAUCUGUGAGUUGCUGACAAUCCAAA